UAUGUAAAUUAUGGAAAUUGGGUAUUGGAUUUCUUGCCGGCUCAAACAUUUUCCAACAAGAGUAGUGACAGGACCCGACUCGCACCACCACCACUACGCUGUACCCUUUGUAGCUGACUCUGAGAUUCAUGAUGGUUUAGCCACGUUAAGACCCAAUCUGUCCAUUAUCUCCGCGUUUCGGAUCACGCCCGCACUAUGCGUAUGCAUGUGCAUCACCUUGUUGUUUAUGGUCUUUAGAUCUUGACGGGGAAGAUGGAAUCGCAGCCUUCCUCUUCGUCGGGAAGGUUCGAAGCUCAAGAAAGUUUCAACGCUAAGAUAUCAAGAACGGUUUCGGAUUCCAACAACCAUAGCCAGAGCUUAGCUUCAAUUCUCAACAAUCCUCAUGGUGGGAAGUCUGACGGCUGGUGGUGGUCUGCCUCGGCGCCUAUCCCAGUCCCUGAAUUUGCCCAACUUCCACCUCCGCCCAAACCCGGAUCUGAUAUCACCCGGCCCGAUUUCGUUCCAUACAUGUCCUCCAUUUCCGACCAGUAUGCCCGUUUCCACGACAUCCAACAACACAGUAAGUUUGAGUCCCUUGAGGGACAGAGAGGUGAGAAUGCGCUUGUUGCCUGCCUACGGGAAGUUCCAGCACUUUACUUUAAAGAGGAUUUUCAAUUGGAGGAGGGUGCCACGUUCAAGGCAGCCUGCCCCUUCCGGACCACGACCGAGAAUUUGGUGCUGCAAGAGAAGCUCUCACAGUAUUUGGAUGUAGUGGAACUGCACUUGGUGCGGGAGAUUUCGUUGCGCUCGAGCUCUUUUUUUGAAGCUCAGGGUCAACUGGAGGACCUAAAUGCCAAGAUUGUUGGAGGGUGUAUAAGAUUACGAGAACUUAAGGAGUCCAUACGGCUGCUGGACGGAAAUUUGGUGGGAUCUGCAAGAAAGGUCCAUGAGUUAAAUGAGCAGAGGGGAGACUUGAUUUCUCUCCAUAACAAAUUGAGGCUCAUACUAUAUGUUAAUCAAGCUCUUUCUACUCUAAAGUUGCUUGUUGCGUCUGCAGAUUGUGCUGGAGCUUUAGAUGUAACUGAUGAUUUGCAGCAUUUGUUGGAUGAGGAUGCAUUGGCUGGUCUACACUGCUUCCGCCACCUUCGUGAUCAACUAGCUGCUUCAAUUGACUCCAUUAACAGCAUUCUUUCAGCAGAAUUUAUGUGUACGUCUAUACAUCAAUCCGGAUACAUGGAUGCAUCAAUAACAUCAAAGUUUAAAGCUCAAGCAACUAUAGCUAUGAAUGGAGAUGAAAAUGAAGUUAGAUUGGAUGAAGAAGAAAGCUCCAAUCUCCGAGAUCGGCUUCUUCCUCUUGUUAUUGGAUUGCUUAGAACUGCAAAACUCCCUGCUGUAUUGAGGAUGUAUCGUGAUACUCUUACAGCUGAUAUGAAAACAGUUAUAAAGAUGGCAGUUGAAGAGCUGCUUCCAGUUCUUGGCACUCAACCUCUUGAUUCUGAUUUUGUCACUGGAGAGCUAGCUGGAGAAACAGAGGGUGGAGGCUCAUCACUGGCAAGCAGGUUGAGGAGCCUGUCUCCUGAAAGUUUCGUUCAACUUUUGAGAGCAGUUUUCAUGAUAGUUCAGGCCCACUUAGCUCGGGCUUCUGAAGUUAAGAAAUCAAUCGAGUGGAUUAUGUGUCAUGUUGAUGGCCAUUAUGCUGCUGAUUCGGUAGCUGCUGCAAUUGCUCUUGGAGCUGCUGCUGCAGAAACAGCUCAAGAAACAGAUAAUCAUGCUAAUAGCUUUCUGCCAUAUUCUAUUCUGAGGAACAGUAACAACACUCCAUCAACCCAAGGGAAAGGUAGUGAUGUGUCAGCAACAUCAAAUUUGUCAAGAAAUUUUAGAGCUGAUAUUUUGAGAGAGAAUACAGAAGCUGUAUUUGCUGCUUGUGAUGCUGCUCAUGGGAGAUGGGCAAAGAUUCUUGGAGUCCGGUCUCCAAUUCAUCCAAAACUAAGAUUGCAUGAGUUUCUAAACAUAUAUAACAUAACCCAGGAAUUCAUAACUGCAACUGAGAGGAUUGGUGGAAGGUUGGGGUAUAGUAUACGAGGAACACUACAGUCGCAGGCCAAAGGUUUUGUUGAAUUUCAACAUGAGUCUCGUAUGGCAAAAAUGAAGGCAAUACUUGACCAGGAAAACUGGGCUGAGAUUGAUGUGCCUGUCGAGUUUCAGAUGAUAGUCACAUCACUCUUUUGCUCAGAAUCUUUGGUCACUAGUGAUGAUUCUACAGUUAAUGGUGCUGGUGCCCUGGGCAGUGAAGGUUCCCCCAUAGAUGCACAGCUCUCAAAUUCAUCAGAAAAUAUGGAGCAGCAUAAUUUGGCUGCAACACAUCAGGAUAAUACAUCAGGAAGUGAAGCAUUGUUAAGAACUGAUAGUGGACAUGUAGAGACUGAAAAUAAUUCAGCGAACAGUACUGAACAUAUUUCAAGGGAACGUGGAAAAGCUUCACCUAGAAUGCUUUUUUUCAAAGGAAUAGGAUAUCACAUGGUUAACUGUGGACUGAUUCUGGUGAAGAUGAUGUCUGAGUAUAUUGAUAUGAAUAAUAAUAUGCCGGGGCUUUCUUCAGAAGUAGUUCAUCGUGUUGCUGAGAUCUUGAAAUUUUUCAAUACAAGGACUUGCCAACUUGUUCUUGGUGCUGGAGCUAUGCAGGUAUCAGGUUUAAAGUCUAUUACUUCUAAGCACCUGGCUUUGGCAAGUCAGGUUAUCAGUUUCACAUAUGCUAUUAUACCAGAAAUCAAGAAGGUGCUAUUUCUUAAAGUACCUGAAACACGGAAAGGACUGUUGAUGUUAGAGAUUGAUCGUGUCGCACAGGAUUACAAAGUCCAUAGAGAUGAGAUACACUCAAAGCUUGUACAGAUUAUGAGGGAGCGUCUGCUAAUUCACCUGCGUGGGUUGCCUCAAAUUGUGGAGAACUGGAGUAGGCAAGAAGAUACUUAUCCCCAGCCGAGUCAAUUUGCUCGUUCUAUUUCAAAGGAAGUCGGUCUUCUACAUCGUGUGUUAUCUCGAAGUCUGCACGAAGUAGAUGUUCAAACUAUAUUCAGACAAGUGGUACAAAUCUUUCACACUCAAAUUUUUGAAGCGUUGUCAUCUGUUGACAUAAGUAAUCAUCAAGUGAAAAAUAGAGUGUAUUGCGAUGUUCAACAUAUUCUUGGGUGUAUCCGAUCAUUGCCUUCUGAUGAAUUGAAUAAAACCAAUCCGCGUAAUUGGGGGCAGCUUGAUGAAUUUGUGGCACAAAAUUUUGGUACAGAAGCCACUUCAUAGAUUUCUUGUAGAAUAGCCAUUUGAUUGAUCCAACGCAGACUUCAAUAGAGCAAUUGUGGAUGCCCGAAGCCUAUGCAUCAAAACUACACAUGACGUGGUAAAAUGUGUAAUAUUUUUUCUUGUGGUUUACUUUUGUCUUUUACUUGUAAAUUUUUGUUGUUAGGCUCUAUUGCGGUCUAUAUAGUGUUUGCAUCGAAGGGGUAACUGAAAUGAUAAUACGGUGAGUAACUAGACAGUGAUGAGCAGAAGAUCCAAAAGCAUUGUUUCUAAAUGUUUUAAUUUCUAAAACAAAAAAAAAAGUGGCAUUCUU